AUGGCGUCGUUGCUUUUCAAACCUACUUUACUCUUCAAGCUAACUUCCACGUUUUUUUCUUUGUACGAGCAGAUUGAGACGCUCGUAUCGGACGGCAGGGAGGUGAUUCUGGUGACAAGUGGCGCGAUCGGAGUGGGCCGGCACAAGCUGCGCUUCCAGCGCUUCAUGCGCACGAGCUUCAAGGACCUGCAGCGCCCGCAGGGGGACGACAUUGACGGCAAGCCGUGCGCGGGCAUCGGGCAGGGCCAGCUCAUGGCUCUCUACGAGUCCUUGUUUAACCAAGUGGACGUUGGGUGUGCCCAGUUGCUGGUGACGGAGCGUGACUUCACGGACUUGCAGUUCCGCAACCAGCUGCGCAGCACCGUCUCCUCCCUGCUGGACCACCGCGUGGUGCCGGUUUUCAAUGAGAACGAUGCCAUUUCCACCCGCGUUGCCCCCUACAAGGACGCCACAGGUAUCUUCUGGGACAAUGACUCCCUGGCGGCUCUCCUCUCGCUAGAGCUCCAGGCAGACGCGUGUGUGCUGCUGUCAGAUAUCGAGGGGCUCUACACCAAGCCGCCCUGGGACCCUGACUCGGAGCUCAUCCACACCUACGUGCCGAGCGUGCAUGGAGAUUCCAUCAAGUUCGGCCAGAAGAGUCGGCUGGGUCGCGGCGGCAUGACAGCCAAGGUGGAAGCAGCAAUCCACGCAUCUGGAGGCGGUGUGCCCACAGUCAUAGCCAGUGGCCUGUCAAGCGAUGCGGUGCUGCGGGUGCUUUCAGGGGAGAUGGUCGGCACGCUCUUUCACAAGGACGCUCACCUGUGGGCCGUGUCUAAGUCUGUCAAGAGCGCUGGCAGGGACAUGGCUGUUGCUGCCAGGGAUGCCAGCCGGAAGCUGCAGGCUCUGAGCACGGAGCAGCGCAAGCAGGUGUUGCUAGACGUGGCGGAUGCUCUGGUGAAGAGAGAGGCGGAGAUUGUGGAGCAGAACGCCCACGACGUACGGACGUCUGAGAUCAACGGCGUUGCACCGGCGCUGCUGCAGCGGCUGAAGCUGAAACCGAAUAGGAUUCAACAGCUAGCAGAGGGCAUUCGGGCGAUUGCUGAGAUGCCUGAUCCGAUAGCAGAGACGCUGGCUCGCACAGAGCUUGCAGAGGGGCUGAACCUGGAGAAGCAGAGGUGGCCACUGGGAGUGCUGCUGGUGAUCUUUGAAGCUCGCCCUGACGCCAUGCCGCAGAUUGCAGCGCUGGCGAUUCGCAGCGGCAACGGGCUGCUGCUCAAGGGAGGCAAGGAGGCACUCAACUCCAACCGCAUCAUCCACGAGGUGAUCGCCUCAGCACUCCCCCCAGAAGUCGGCCCCUCACUCAUAGGCCUCGUCACUUCACGCGACGACAUCUCGGAUCUGCUGAAGCUGGACGACGUGAUCGACCUGGUGAUUCCGCGCGGCAGCAACGCGCUGGUGAAUCAUAUCAAAUCGCACACCAAGAUUGCGGUGCUGGGCCAUGCGGAUGGCGUGUGCCACGUGUACGUGGACAAGGCAGCCAACCUCAAGAUGGCCAAACGGAUCAUAUUGGAUGCCAAGAUGGACUAUCCCGCUGCCUGCAACGCCAUGGAAACCCUGCUACUCCACGAGGAGCUGGUGAAGUCGGGAGCUGCAGCGGAGCUCAUUCAAGAGCUCAAAGACAAUGGCAUAGUCCUUCAUGCGGGCACGACUGCAGCGCCUGCCUUCUCCCUGCCUCUGGCAGCGAAUCUGCACCACGAGUACGGGUCGCUGGAAUGUACGGUGGAGAUCGUGCCGGAUAUUGACGCGGCCAUCCACCACAUCCACACGCACGGCAGCGCGCACACCGACGCCAUUGUCACCGAGGACCAGGAAGCCGCAAAGAAGUUUCUGGCGUCGGUGGACAGUGCGGUCGUGGUGCACAACGCCAGCACUCGCUUCUCCGACGGCUUCCGCUUCGGGCUCGGCGCCGAGGUGGGCAUCAGCACGAGCCGCAUCCAUGCGAGAGGGCCUGUCGGGGUGGAGGGGCUCCUCACAACGCGCUGGUUGCUGAGAGGUGACGGGCAUCUAGUCAACAAGGAUAAGGAUAUCGUCUACACCCAUAAAGCACUCCCUAUAAUUGAGACCUUAUCCGGCGCCUCCCUGAGUGCCGAUCGCGUGCCUCUGCCACGUGUCACAACGCGAGGGAUUUACGGCAAGGCCAGGCUGGCAGUGAUGGCUCAGGCUAAGAUCGCAGCAGCGGCAGCGGCAGCGGCGGCCACGGAACCUCUGAGUGCGGGCUCGCCCCCUCCUGCUCUCUUUGACGGCACCACGCGGUUAACGCAAUCCAAGAGGGACGUGGCGGCCACGGAGCCUCUGAGUGCGGGAUCGCCGCCGCCUGCCUUGUUUGACGGCACCACGCGCCUAUACCACUACAAGGCGUGUCCCUUUGCUCAACGGGCAGUGAUUGCCGUCAACUACAAGGUACACGGAGCAGGUGUAUCCGCCAGGCAAGGUGCCUGCCAUGGGAAGGCGGUGGGUGAGAACCUGGAAGCCUCUGAGACAGCUGCCGCUUCUGGUUACCAUGUUACUGGCAAAGUGCCUGCCAUGGAGCACGCAGGGAAGGUGGUGGGGGAGAGCUUGGAUCUGCUUCUGCUGAUUGACGAGUGGUUCGGCGACAAGGGACCGAGGAUUGUGCCUGAGGACCCCGCCCUGGCAGCAGAGGCAUCAGCACUUGUAGCAGCGUGUGGCGAUAUGAUGAUGGCUGGAUACUCGUCUCUCUCCCACUUCCACCCCUCCCUCCCACUGUGUGUGUAUUUACUGCUAACCUCACUGCAGGAUCCCACCCUGGCAGCAGAGGCAUCAGCGCUGAAUACUCGUAGCAGCAGAGGCAUGGAUACUCGUAUCAGCAGAGGCAUCAGCGCUUGUAGCAGCGUGCGGGGACUUGAUGACGGCUGGAUACUCGACCCUGCCCUGGCAGCAGAGGCAUCAGCGCUUGUAGCAGCGUGUGGUGACGUGAUGAUGGCUGGAUACACGGCUCUCUCGCAGCUCUAUCAGACAGGCGGCGAGGCGGAAGUGGAGGCUGCAAUGGGCGGCGAGGCAGAAGUGGAGGCUGCUAUGGGAUCGCAUCUAGACUCCUUAGAGGCGAGUCUGGGCAAGCACCAGGAGAAUGGGCCCUUCUUUCUAGGAAGCUUCUCAUACGUUGACAUCGCUUAUCUGCCCUUCCUAGAUCUGUUUCGCAUUGCAUUUCACCAUUUCUGCCGCACUGCCAUCACCAAGGAGAGAUACUCCUCUGUUGCUUCCUCCUCAGCACAGCCCUUCCAUCCCCCACCCUCUCUCUCCCCUCCCUUCCCCCACCAGGUGGACAUUGCCUAUCUGCCCUUCCUGGAGCGAUUCAAUAUCACCUUUGACCAUUUCUGGCGCACAGACAUCACCCAGGGGAAGUGCUCGUAUGUUUGUUCCUCCUCAGCACAGCCCCUCGCCCCACCCUUCAUCCCCCCUCCCUUCCCCCAUCAGGUAGACAUCGCCUAUCUGCCCUUCCUGGAGCGGUUCCGCAUCGCCUUUGACCAUUUCUGCUGCACCAACAUUACCCAGUGCCUCGUUUGCCUCCCCCACCAGACCUGUCGUCUCCUCAUACUCUCUGUCUGCCUCUUGAGUCGACUCAAAAGUCGUUUGCCUCCCCCACCAGACCUGUCGUCUCCUCAUACUCUCUGUGGACAUCGCCUAUCCGCCUGCCCUUCCUGGGGCGGGUCCGCGUCGCCUUUGAGCACUUCUGCCGCACUGACAUCCAUCCGUCACCCCUCCCCUCCCCACCAGGUGGGCAUUGCCCAUCUGCCCUUCCUGGAGUGGUUCCGCGUCGCCUUUGACCAUAUCUGCCGCACAGACAUCACCAAGGUCGUCUGGCUGCCGUGCACCGUGGACAUUGCCUAUCUGCCCUUCCUGGAGCGAUUCAAUAUCGCGUUCGAGCACUUCUGCCACACAGACAUCACCAAGGGCCGCCCCAACCUGCAGCGCUGGUUUGAGGCAGCAGCGGCCAUCCAGGCAUACACAGACACAUGCAUGGAGCGAGAGGCCACCAUCACUACCUAUCAACAGAUGCUGGAUAACAAGUACUUUGAGAUAGCAGGGGUGGCAAGCUCAACAACUGCCGCACCAGCUGCAGCUGCUGAGACAUAG